AUGCAGAUCUUUGUGAAGACUCUCACUGGCAAGACCAUCACCCUCGAGGUGGAGCCUAGUGACACCAUUGAGAACGUCAAGGCUAAAAUCCAGGACAAGGAAGGCAUUCCCCCUGACCAGCAGAGGUUGAUCUUUGCAGGAAAACAGCUGGAAGAUGGCCGCACCCUCUCUGACUACAACAUUCAGAAGGAGUCCACCCUCCAUCUUGUCCUGCGUCUGCGAGGCAUUCCCCCUGACCAGCAGAGGUUGAUCUUCGCCGGUAAACAGCUAGAAGAUGGCCGCACCCUCUCUGACUACAACAUUCAGAAAGAAUCCACCCUCCAUCUUGUCCUGCGUCUGCGAGGUGGCAUGCAAAUCUUUGUGAAGACCCUCACUGGCAAGACCAUAACCCUUGAGGUGGAGCCCAGUGACACCAUUGAGAACGUCAAGGCCAAAAUCCAGGACAAGGAAGGCAUUCCCCCUGACCAGCAGAGGUUGAUCUUCGCCGGUAAACAGCUAGAAGAUGGCCGCACCCUCUCUGACUACAACAUUCAGAAAGAAUCCACCCUCCAUCUUGUCCUGCGUCUGCGAGGUGGCAUGCAAAUCUUUGUGAAGACCCUCACUGGCAAGACCAUAACCCUUGAGGUGGAGCCUAGUGACACCAUUGAGAACGUCAAGGCCAAAAUCCAGGACAAGGAAGGCAUUCCCCCUGACCAGCAGAGGCUGAUCUUUGCUGGCAAGCAACUUGAAGAUGGACGCACCCUCUCUGACUACAACAUUCAGAAGGAAUCCACUCUCCAUCUUGUCCUGCGUCUGCGAGGUGGCAUGCAAAUCUUUGUGAAGACCCUCACUGGCAAGACCAUCACCCUCGAGGUGGAGCCCAGUGACACCAUUGAGAACGUAAAGGCCAAAAUCCAGGACAAGGAAGGCAUUCCCCCUGACCAGCAGAGGUUGAUCUUUGCUGGCAAGCAGCUUGAGGAUGGCCGCACCCUUUCUGACUACAAUAUCCAGAAAGAGUCCACCCUUCAUCUUGUCCUGCGUCUGCGAGGUGGCCAGAAAUGA